AUGACAGUAGAUCUAGACGUUCUUCGCAUGAAACUUCACCUUCCUGACGAUGUAGAAAUUAGAAACUACCCCCGAGAAGUGAAUAUUAGAACCGGUGCUGGCCUUCUUCCCGGCGAGGCCCUGAUUUCACUCCUCCAUCUCAAUCUCCUUAGUUAUAUUCAAGGACCAGCGGUGGAGCAGAACCAGCCAAUGGAGCAUGUGAAGAAGAAUCAGAAGUCGAAUUCUCACAACACGCAACCAGUUCGAAUCCCUCAUGAGGACCCACUGGUCGUAAGUUUGACAGUGGCCAAAUGCUUGGUGCGCAGAGUUCUAAUUGACCCUGGAAGUAGUGCGAACAUCAUGCCAAGAGAUACAUUCGAUCGGCUCGAGAUCAAACAGGAUCAGCUGAAAUCCACCGGGAAUCCACUAUUAGGGUUUGAUGGAAAGCGAGUGGAGCCUGUCGGCACGGUGGAGGUAGCGGUACAUGCUGCCGAGAGGGUUUUGAUGGAAACCUUUGUAGUUGUUGAAAUUCAUCCCUCUUACAAUCUUCUGAUGGGCAGAGGGUGGAUCCAUAGAGUUCGAGGUGUUCCUUCCACUCUGCAUCAGGUAAUGAGAUGCCUGGCACCGGACGGAACCAAAGUGAUUGACAUUCAUGGAGACCAAGUUGCAGCAAAAGAAUGUUACUCUGUAACGAUGAAACAUGCCGGAAAAGGGAAAGCUCUCAUUCGUUCAAUCGAUCAGUUUCGACCAGAACGAACAACCAGAGUAGGGGAACGACUCGUUGAGGAGGAAAAGCAGGAAUUAGUUGAUUUUUUUGUCUCAAAAUGCAGAUGUAAGCAGCGACGGUUUGCCCCCGAGCGCAACCGAAUUAUUGUCGAGGAAGUUGAUAAGCUGCUUGAUGCGGGGUUCGUAGGAGAAGUGUACUACCCCGACUGGCUAUCGAAUGUGGUCGUUGUGCAAAAGAAAAAUGGGAAAUGGCGCAUCCCCAUAGACCCCGUUGAUGAAGAAAAAACUUCUUUCGUUACUGAACGCGGGACGUAUUGCUACAAAGUUAUGCCGUUCGGACUAAAGAACGCCGGGGCAACUUACCAAAGACUUAUUAGCAAGAUUUUUACGGAACAAAUAGGGAAGACAGUGGAGGCUUACAUUGAUGAUAUGGUGGUCAAAAGUAAGAAGAAAGCUGAUCAUGUGUAG